UACUUAAUAUAACGGCAGCACUGUUGACCAGUAUGUCUACCUCUAAUAUUUCUACGUCAUUCCAGUUCUCCGAAAGGGACUCGAAGUCCCAUCUGGCUGUGCCACAACGGAGAAUCAGUUUUGAUGAUCUUUACGAUGCUACGGACGAGUCGACAGAUGAUUCGGAUGUGGAUGGCUGCCCUUCGUUGUCCAGCCACGGCGGUACCCGCUCCAGUACCGCUUCUUACACUCUGUCAUCAAACCGGAUGUCAACAGGGACGAAUCGUGAGGGAGGGCGCCGAAACAGGUAUCCUGUUAUCAUGAUCCCGCCGCCGAGUUUUAAUACCAUUCACCAUCAGCGCAAGAACUCGCCUGUACCGCCUACCCCUCCUCCGAAAAUCCCUCUUUCGCCGAUGGUACUUUCUCGCCUCUCUGGUGUUGUUCCGGCUCUCUACGCGCCUCCAUCUUUGGCUGGCAGUGCGGCCUCUGAGAGACCAUCGACCCUUAGUGCACCACAGACCCCUGACUUGGCUGCUGUGCCUGACGUCAAUUGGGAUGAAGAACAGCUUCGUGUUCAGUCAGACUCUGAGGGAGCGGGCGAUCCGAGGUCAGCAAGUUCUGAUAUGAGCCCUCAAAUCGACAUCCAGCUUGAACAACCCGAAGAUUGGAGCCUGGUGCUAGACAGCUUUCCACAGAUCCCGACUCAUUACACUGUUGGCAGGACCCAAGAAAGUGAUGAUGAAGAAGGAUAUGAAAAAGAGCCAUCUUUAGAGGGCGUUCAACUCUCAUCUGCCGCCAUGGAGACACUUCAGCAUAUCCGAGUUUCUGGAGAGGAUAGCAACACUUCAUCCGCGUCGUCAAUUAAUGACCCCUCCGAAAUGAACCAAUUCACCGGAUUCCCUGAUGUCCGCCCAAAAAGCAUGAACGAUGCUGCCUGUGCUUCUGCGAGCUCAUCAUCUUCUUUUACAAGCCUGAGCAUCCCAUCACCUGGUGGCUUCUUUUCAUCUCUUGAUCGACACGCUCGAAGAACCUGGAGUUUAGUCCCAAGCAGCAAUGUCCCCACGUCUGCAGUUGCGGAAAAGUUCUACGAUCUUCCCUGGAAUGCCCGCCCUCAAGGCCGCGUUGUUGAACAAGUAGUAGAAUACCGAAACAGCUACGGCGAUGACGACGACGAUGCCACCGAGGGUCCUCCAACUGCCAAGAGAAUUAUUGGCUCCGCUCCCCAAACUGCACGAAAAGUUCCUGAGGAGGUAUCUGAGUUGGCCCUGAAGCUCGACACUGGUGAGAAAAAGCCGGACGACUCCUCUGAAUAUGAUGAAUCUUAUGAGGAGGGUUUGCAGACUCGUGCAAUGCAGAGUCUCGAUCGUACCAGCACAUGGCUAGCGGCUCAAACUCAAUAUAUGUCCGCUUUGAGUGAGACGAAUCCCAUUAACAGCCCGAAAGAGAUAUCGGUAACUCCUAUCGACGAAAAUGCCACUGCUGUCCCCGAUCUCACGCUCAGCUCUACCAAGACGGUCCGCUUCCUCGAUACUAUCCCUGAGGAAGCCUCAGAAAGUCAAUCAGGCCCGUCUACCCCACUUCCACCGCUCCCAGUUGCAAUGAAUUCUAUUUUCUACCGGGGGUUCCAGCAUUUCAUGCGCACAAGAGGCAAAAAUAGUAACAUGGACACCUUCCUUCAUAGCAAUUUCCGGUAUGAGGCUCUUCAGGUUGCACGCCUAACCAUGCGGGAUAAGCAUGUAGACAAGCUUGCCGGUAAAUACGAACUUAGCAAUCCUGUUCGCCCACCAUAUAAGGGUCCGUUUUCACAAGCUCCUCGAAAUUCUGUCCUCCCUCAGAUCAUUGCCGAUAAAAAGAUGUACAACGAUGUGGAAAAGGAGCAAGAUGCUUUGCUACAGGUCAAGAAUUCCCUUUGGGUGAUCGAUGCUCUCAAGUUUAUCAACGGUGGCCGUCUUAUCCCUAGCCCAGCUGCUAAGCGUCUUGCAAGGGCAAGUCUACCUCUAGGUAACCAACAGGAUUCCGUCAAGCGCAGAAUCAGAGUUCUUGAUCUAGGAGGCCAAGCAUCCUGUGAAUGGUCCUGGUUUGUUGCAAGGGAAUUUCCCAACGUCAAGGUCUACACGGUUGUUACGAAGAAACAAUCCAUUGAUAUGGCCAUCCAAGGUCCACCGAACCAUCAAUGUGUUUUGGCCCCAAAUCUUUGGAAACUUCCAUUCCCUAGUAACCACUUCGACUUGAUCUCCGCUAGGACACUCCACAUGCUUCUCCGGUCAACUCGCAACAUUUCAAUCAACGGAGAAAAAGUUGACGAAUUUGAACUUUGCCUGCAAGAGUGUUUCAGAUGCCUAAAGCCCAAGGGCUAUCUAGAAUUCUUCCUCAUGGAUUCAGAUAUCGCCCGUGCCGGCCCUUAUAAUUCUGCCACCUCUGUCGAGUUUAGCUUCAAUCUGAAGACUCGAGGGUAUGAUCCUAACCCUACCAAAACGUUUCUGUGGAAGUUGAAGAAGUCAAACUUCAGCGCUAUUAAGCGUGCAUGGCUCUUUAUGCCAAUGGGCACUGCCCCCAGUGAUGCCUCUCAGGUCCCCGGCAGCGGGAAUUUGAAUAAUGCUGAUAAUAUGGGGAGCACUGCCGAUGUUGCCAACAUCACCGGGCUACUUGCAGGGUGGAUGUGGGAGCAAUGGGUGCUUAAGUUGCAAAUGGAGAUGGGCCGUGAUGAGAAGAAGUUGCUCGAGGAAAUGAACGGUGUUUUUGACGAGGGGCGCAAGUCUGGCGCCGGAUGGAGGUGUCUGAGUGGUUGGGCUAUGAAGCCUUCACGCUCAUGUUGA